AUGGCAAAAGCUGACAUUGUUAUUGCAGAAGUAAACAACGGAAACGCAUCUCUUAAGGAUUAUUACGGAUUUGGUAAUGGAACACUAAAAAAAGAUGCCAAUAAUGAUUGGGUUUUGUUAUCUUCUUCGGCCGCGAACAAUCAAACGAAACUGACAUUUCAACGAAAAUUAAUCACAAUGGACGCCAAUGAUAUGGACAUUACGAGCGACACAAUGCGAUUGAUUUGGGCGUACGGCGAAGGAAACUUCAGUAGAGACAACUUUACACUGGGAGGUUACAGGAGUUUGCAUUUGUUGCAAAUUAAGAGACCGAGCUAUGAUGAUCCACCUGAUGCCGUGAAAUUAAUCGUGACUAUGAAUAAUACAGUAGUACCCAACGAUACCACAACAUAUUGCAAAGGCAACGAAUUCCUUGUACACCACAUGCUCCUUUAUCUAUGUGAAAUGAAAUAUCCGAAUAAAAUAAUGGGAAAAGGUCGAAAAUGUUAUGAGAAUAAUAUGCCUCAACAUUGGGAAAAAUGUCAUUCAGUCCUAUUUGCUUGGGCAAUUGGCGGUUCGAAUUUGCCGCUUCCUGAGCACGUGGGAUUUCCUCUUGAUGUAGAAAAUCCCCUGUCGUUCCUUGUGGAAAUCCAUUAUGACAAUCCUCAAAAGAAGACAGAUAUGAUUGAUUCAUCUGGAUUCGAAAUUACUCUAAUACCAGCUCGAAGACAGUUUGAUGCGUCGGUGCUUGAUAUGGGAAACUCUCCAAUUGGAAACAUAGCUUUACUACAAAAAAUCCCACCUUACCAAAGCCAUUUUAGAACGAGCAGUGUCUGCCUUUCCAAUUGUAUUUAUGAUACAUUUCCACCGAAAAAUGAAACUAUUGUGAUGAAAAUUUUUGCUGUUUUACUCCAUGCACAUUACUUGGGAAGAACCAUUAUACUGCACCAUUUUCGAAAUGGCAAAGAAAUUGAAAGCAUCGCUGCUGACCGGAAUUACGAUUUCAAUUAUCAAGAAACGGUAUUCUUAAAGAAGGAAAUUGAAGUUUUGAGAGGCGAUGAUCUUAAACUUGAAUGUGUGUAUAACUCAAAGGAGAGAACCAAAUUUACAUUUGCUGGCUUAGCAACGAAAGACGAAAUGUGCCUUGCCUUUAUACUGUAUUAUCCCAAGAUGCCAGUUGCAUUCUGCUAUGGUGAUAUUCUUAUAAAAGAUAAUGAAUGGCUAAAAUAUCAGUUAAACCCUGUGAACCUUCAUAAAUUCAAGAAGCCAGAAGUCAGCAAAGAAUUUGAACAGACUGUCAAUGGUGUCAGAAGAAAUUCUUCCUUUGUCUCAUUCUGUUCAAGUGGAUUAAAUUAUAAUAUAUCUAUGCAACCUACAUACAAUGUCCUCAACUUAUUACAAUAUGAAACUGAUACACACGGAGCAGAAAAUGGUGUCGGAACCCAAUUCGCUGUUUCAUUAAUUGCUGCAGAACUUCUACUCUGUUUGGCUUUGAGUGUCUAA